AUGUUUAGCUUUCGCAUCAGCAAGCAGGAGCCCAACACGCGGCCGAGGGAUAGUAUUGACUCCCCAGCGAGUCUGAAGAACGACCCACCAAAUUCUAACGAAACAAUCACCGAGGAGAAGAAAUUAGAAGAGAAGAUACUCUCCCUUUAUCAGGUGGUCUGGCUUGGCAUUUAUCAAGUCCAUGACAAAGACGGACGAAGUCACGCCUUUCGACUAAGUGAGCUUUUUUAUGGCGCGGGGAUGUCCUCCUAUGUCGACAAGACCGAACAAGAGGCCAGCGACGAUCACGGAAAUAAGCGACCGAGAAGGAAAACUGGGGCGGAAACCCGUGUGAUAGACCCUCUGUGGACAGCUCUGUCCAAGGAAGGCCUAUCGAGUCUAAAGCUCUUCGAAGGACUGUCUAUCGCAUCGCUAGAAUCGGUGAUUGAACUGGUUGAGGCAUAUGUGAGGGAGAUAGCCAGUGUGAAUGCGUUGUAUCAAGUACUGCGGGAGCUGCAGGUGGGAUUUCGGACUCCAACAGAGGAUGACGAACAGGCAGUUAUAAAGAAUUUCGUGCCCGUUUCGAAUGACUUUGCAAGGCGGCUUCGUCAUCUAGAUGCAAGACUUAAUGUUCUUGUUUCAGAUUUGGAGGAUGAGUUUUGGAAUGAGCAUGGGGCAGUCAAGGGAAGGGAGGGCUGGCGGGUCCAUGAUGUGCUUUUUCCGCGGUUCCCGGCACGCACUGGGAAGAAAAUGAGCUUCUCUUCUUCAAUGAAGAUUUAA